AUGGAAAUAGUAACUGAAAUGGAUCCAUCAGUUGGUAUUGAUAAUCUUGUAAAACCAACAAUUGAUAUGGCGCGAUUGGUUGUGACUCCAAGUAAUGCUCGUCAAAAACAUACAGAAUAUUUACCUUAUCCAGAUGAGAAAUUUAUUGAUGAAUCUCUACAACUCUAUUCGCUUCGUGAUGGCCCUGAAUUUGAAUGGAUCAUACAUAAACGUUAUAAGCAUUUUCAUGAUCUCCAUGAAGCUCUUGUUCAUUAUGUUGAACGCGCAACAGGAAGUGAUUUAUCACAAAGAGGAGCAAAUAAUGAUGACAGUUCUUCAUUAAAUAAGAAACAAGAUGAACAACCAUGCUUUCCAACUCGUAACGAUCGACUUUCUUUUUUAAAUCAAUUUACAAUUGAAGAGCGAUGUAAAACAUUACAAAAUUAUUUGACUAAAAUAUUAAAACAUCCAAAAUUUCGUGAACAUAUGGCAACAAGAGAUAUUCUUGAUGUAAGUUCAUUAUCAUUUGUACAAGGUUUGGGUAUUAGUGUGAAAGAAGGUGCUAUUGCCAAACAUUCAAUAAGUGACAUCCGUGGUCGUUCAAUAUUUCUUCGAGUUCCAUUUAUAUGUGAUAAACUUCGAUGUCAUCAUGCACUACGAUGGUUUGUUCUUAAAGACUCAUAUCUUGUUUAUAUGAAUUCUGAUUCCGCUUUAAUUGGAUUUCCAUUGCUCAUCGAUUGUGCCUUUUCUUUUGAACAAGGUUAUCGGAAAACUACAACUAAUAAUGGAAUUAAAAUUAAAAAUUCACAACGUUCUAUGUUUAUUAAAUUUGAAAAAGAAGAUGACCGUAAUACUUGGUUUGAUCGUUUGACGGAUGUUAAAAGUAGAUCUUUGUUUGCUGAACGAAAUCUUUUUCAGUCAUAUGCACCAAGAAGACAACAGCAAUAUGCUCACUGGUUUAUAAAUGGUCAAUCAUAUAUGGAAACAGUAGCUAAAUCUAUAUUAGCAGCACGAGAAGACAUAUUCAUUGCUGGUUGGUUUAUUUCACCUGAAUUAAUGCUUAUUCGUCCUUGUGAUGAUGAUUCAAUGCGACUUGUUAAUCUACUUAAUAAAAGAGCUGAAGAAGGAAUUCGUGUUUAUGUGUUACUAUUUAACGAUCCACCACUUGUUGGUUUAAAUAGUGAUCAUACAGAAUCAAAAUUGAUGGCUCAAAGUCCAACUAAAAGAAAUAUAAAAGUGAUUCGGCAUCCAAAUCACAUGUUUUUGCUAGGAACUGAAUCAUCAUGGCUUUUUUCUCAUCAUGAAAAAAUUGUUGUUAUUGAUCAACGUAUUGCUUUUAUUGGCGGAAUUGAUCUUUGUUGGGGACGAUGGGAUACAGAUGAGCAUAGAUUAGUCGAUUUGUGUGAUGAAAAUAUAACGGAAUUAAUACUUCCAAAUGAAAAAUAUGAUCAACUUGAAAAAGAAGUACAGAAGGAAGAAGCUGCAGUUAGUAUCAUAGAAAAAAUGGCAGAAAGCACACGUGUUAGCAAUAUUGCGUCUUCAACGCAAAUUCCAAAAGAAUUAUGUAAACAAACAAAACUUGAUCAAGAAAAAAAAUCAUUAUUAAAAUCAAAUCAAAAUCAAAAUGUUAAUGGUGAAAGAACCAAGAAUAAUAGCAAUCUUGCAGCAACACCUGUAACCGAUUUCCGAAGUGUGUUAACCGAUGCUGAACGAGAAAUUUUAGCUGACGAAGAAAACACUGAACAUGGACGGCAUAAACAUAAAGGACGAUGGAAGAGAAUAAUCAAAACUGUUGAUCGAAAAAUAUUUCCACGAAUGCCAUGGCACGACGAAGCUUUGGUUGUUAGUGGAGAAGCAGCAAGAGAUUGUGCCAGGCAUUUUAUUCAACGAUGGAAUAUUCAUAAAGCAGAUCAAUAUCGCUUUAAUGAAUUUUUUCCAUACAUCCUUCCAAAGAGUUAUGAUGAUGAUCAAUUAUUUGAUUCAUCAAUGCUUUCUGAUAUUCUUGGUGAAAAACUAAAACCAAUUCGUGUUGAUGCUCAAUGUGUUCGUUCUGCUGCAGAUUGGUCAUGUAGCAUUGGCCCUAAAGAAACUUCAAUACAAAAUGCGUAUAUUCAUAUGAUUAAGAGUGCUCAACAUUUUAUUUAUAUUGAAAAUCAAUUUUUUGUUUCAAUUGCUAAUGAUACAACAAUUAAAAAUUUGAUUGGUGAUGCACUUUAUCAUCGGAUAAUUGAUGCUGCUAACAAGAAAGAAAAAUUUCGAGUAUAUGUUGUAUUACCAUUAUUACCAGGAUUUUCAAAUGAAAAUGCUGUUCAAGCGGUUCUUUAUUGUAUAAUGAGAUCUAUUAAUAAAGGAGAAACAUCACUUUAUCAAAGAUUAAUACGAGAUGGUGUAUCUAAUCCUGAAGAGCAUAUAACAUUUUAUGGAAUGCGUAAUUGGGAUAUAUUAAUGGGUACAUUAAUAACAGAAAUAAUUGAUGUUCAUUCAAAACUAAUGAUUGUUGAUGAUCGAAUGUGUAUUUGUGGAUCAGCAAAUAUAAAUGAUCGUUCUCUUCAAGGUUCUCGAGAUUCAGAAUUUUGUUUAGUUGUUGAAGAUGAUGAAAUGAUUGAUUCACAAUUAAAUGGUCAAAAACAAAAAGUUGGACUUUUUUCGUCAACAUGGAGAAAGAAAUUAUUUAGACAAUUAUUGGGUAUUAAAAAUGAAGAAGAAAUGAGUGUUGAUGAUCCAUGUUCAGAUGAAUUUUACGAAUAUUUUCGACGAAGAGCAAAAGCUAAUGCACAAAUUUAUGAAGAAGUUUUUAAUACUUUACCUACUAAUCGUGUUAGAACUUUUAUCGAAGUUACUGAAUAUACUCAGCAAUCAAAAUUGAGAGAUACUGAUCCAUUAGCAGCACAUAAAAAAUGUAAACAAAUUAAAGGUUUUGUUGUCGAAUUUCCCUUAGAGUAUGUAGCUGAUGACGUUCUAAUCCCAAAAUGGACAACAAAAGAAGGCCAAAGUACACCAGUCCUCGAUUACUAUUGUAAUGAAAAUGAUCAUAAUAUUCAAUUUUCAUGGUCUUCUUCGGGACAUUCUGGAUGGGAACCAACAUUAAAUUGUUCUUUACAACAAUGUAAUAUAAACUUGAAUAAUAAUGCUACCUGUCGUUCUUCAUCAACACUAUGUUUCGAUUACCGUUCAGUCAAUAAUAUGAUUUAUUGUGCACCAGGUUUACUAUGUUCACUUUUGGAACCAUGCAACAAUGUUACUUAUAAUUGUACAUCAAAUACUUCUGUAUGCAUUAUUAAUUCAUGCUGUUCACCAAAAGCAAUCCUUGUUUUAGGAUGGAUUAACGUUGGUAAUAUGAAUUACGAAAGAGUUUACCACACAGCAUCCGUAUUAACAAAUGGAAAAGUAUUAGUUACCGGUGGAACUGGUACUGAUGCAAACAGUGUCACUGCUCUAAAUACUUGUGAGUUGUAUGAUCCAUUGACAGGAACUUGGGCCAUGACUGGUAAUAUGAAUCAUGGUCGAUAUGACCACACAGCAUCUGUAUUAACAAAUGGGAAAGUGUUAGUUACUGGUGGAACUGGUAAUGAUUAUGCAAGUAUUUCUGAGUUGUAUGAUCCAUCCACAGGAGCUUGGACAAUCACUGGUAGUAUGAUUUAUGCAAGACAUGGACAUACAGCAUCCUUAACAGGAAUUGGCUGGAAUUCACCGGAAAAAAAUCCGAAAAAUUUCCGGCCGGAAUACUGCUUCCAUGUUCCGUUGAUUUUCGGUGUUUUCCUGCCGGAACCGGCCGGUACUUUUCGACCUGGGUUGGUGGCUGGUGGAGUUGCUACUGUUUAUAUUGCCGAGUUAUAUGAUCCAUUAUCAGGAACUUGGAUGAGUACUGGUCGUUUGAAACAUCCACGAUUUCGCCACACAGCAUCCGUGUUAGCUAAUGGACAAGUAUUAGUUAUAGGUGGAUAUGCUAGUCUUUAUCUAAACAGUACUGAGUUAUAUGAUGCAUCAAAAGAAAAUUGGAGUAACACUGGUAAUAUGAAUUACGCACGAUCUUAUCACACAGCAGCUAUAUUGACAAAUGGAAAAGUGCUAGUUGCUGGUGGAAUUGGCAAUCGUUUUCAAAAUAGUGCUGAAUUGUAUGAUCCAUCGACAAGAAUUUGGAUAAUGACCGGUAGUAUGAAUUAUAUGCGAUCUUAUCAUAAAACAGCCGUAUUGAAAAAUGGAAAAGUAUUAGUUGCUGGUGGACGUGAUGCCAAAGGGUUUUCACUGAAUAGUGUCGAGUUAUAUAAUCCAUCAACGGAAACUUGGACAAUGAUUGAUAGUAUGAAUAAUGAACGGUAUGACUCAACAAAAGUUAAUCAUGAAUUAAAUUGA